AGUACGUAUCUUCCGGUAGGCUGGGUAGCUGUUUUCUUCUCCACACCUCAGACUUUAGUGUUUCUGUUAUGGACUGACAGUAUUGAGGCCUGUGGAUUUAACAUUUUCUGAAUUUCAGAAACACCACCCCUGUCUGGACAGAUAGUGGCGGGGAUGCGGCAUCGACAUGGGAAAUCUUUUCGGGAAAAAGAAAGCAACUCGGGUGACCGAGCAAGACAGAGCUGUGCUGCAACUGAAACAGCAGAGAGAUAAACUGAAGCAGUAUCAGAAGAGGAUCACGCUUCAGAUGGAGAAGGAGCGACAACUGGCCAAACAGUUAAUGAAAGAUGGCAAGAAAGAUAAAGCACUCCUACUCCUGAAGAAGAAACGCUACCAGGAUCAGUUACUGGAAAAGACAGAAAAUCAAAUUAGUAACCUGGAGCGAAUGGUACAAGAUAUUGAAUUUGCACAAAUAGAGAUGAAAGUUAUUGAAGGAUUGAAAGUUGGCAAUGAUUGCCUGAAGAAAAUGCACGAGAUGCUGUCCAUAGAGGAAGUGGAGAAAAUCAUGGAUGAAACACAUGAUGCCAUUGAGUAUCAGAAGCAAAUUGAUGAGAUGCUGGCAGGAUCUCUGACCCAGGAGGAUGAGGAGGCUGUGCUAGCAGAGCUGGAGGCCAUUACUCAGGGAGAUGCUGACCUUGAACUUCCUGAGGUGCCUGGAGAAGAGCUACCAGAGGUUCCAGAGCAAGAGCCAGUGCGGGAGAAGGAGAAGGUGAAAAAGAAGCCAGAGCGUGAGAUGGUGGCAGUGUAAAUACAGAUCUGUCCGCCUGCCAUCUGUCGUACCUCCACGUCAGCUCUCGAGCCGUUCCACUGGACCCCAAGGGCUCAUCCCAAACAAAACCCCUCAUACAUGUUGAAGACCCUACAUCCAUGCCAUUUUUUUAAAACUUGUACAUACACAGCAUACUGUACGCCAUUUAGUUUAGUAAUACAAUCAUUUUGAAGAAGAUGCUCUUAACAGUGCCUGGUCUUUCUAAUCACCCUACAGUUUUCAUCUGAUCUUGUAACUAUACAUCAAAGGCGUAUCAUUCUAAUGCAUGCAUCACUUUUAUUAUAACAGUCUGUUUAAAUGAUGAAACGUUACACCAUGGUUUGUGACACAAAACUGAAGCGUUUCCAUUAUGGGCGUAAAUUUGUACAAACUUUACAGUGUCCUGUAAAAUGAUAUUAAAAGCUACAACUAUAACAAGCCUGGUUUAAAGGUGAUUUAAGCAGGUUUAAGACGGCAGCCUUGUCGAUUUGAAGUUUACAAAACCCUACUGUAUAUACAUAUACACUCACUGGCCACUUUAUUAGGUACACCUGUCCAACUGCAAGUUAUCUCAAAUUUCUAAUCAGUGAAUCACAUGGCAACAACUACAUGCAUUUAGGCAUGUAGACAUGGUCAAGACGAUCUGCUGCAGUUCAAACUGAGCAUCAGAAUGAGGAAGAAAGGUGAUUUAAGUGACUUUGAACAUGGCAUGGUUGUUGGUGCCAAACGGGUUUGUCUGAGUAUUUCAGAAACUGCUGAUCUACUGGGAUUUUCACGCACAGCCAUCCCUAAGGUUUACAGACAAUGGUCUAAAAAAAGAGAAAAUAUCCAGUGAUCGGCAGUUCUGUGGGCGCAAAUGACUUGUUGAUGUCAGAGGAGAAUGGCCAGACUGGUUCGAGCUGAUAGAAAGGCAACAGUAACUCAAAUAACCACUCCAAAGUUGGACAUUAGAAGAUUGGAAAAACGUUGCCUGGUCUGAUGAGACUGGAUUUCUGCUGCAACAUUCAGAUGUAGGGUCAGAAUUUGGAAUCAACAACAUGGUUCAGGAUGGCGGUGUAAUGGUUUGGCAUUUUCUUGGCACACUUUGGGCCCGUUAGUACCAAUUGAACAUUGUGCCGGUGCCACAGCCUUCCUGAGUAUUGUUGCUGACCAUGUCCAUCUCUUUAUGACCACAAUCUUCUGAUAGUUAUUUCCAGCAAGAUAACACGCCAUGUCAUAAAGCGCGAAUCAAGUAUACCAGAAAGGUGUACCUAAUAAAGUGGCCAGUAAGUGUACUCUUAUUAAAUACAGUUCUGUUUGUAAUCAUCAUAUGCUGCACACACAGUUUUUAUGAAGUCUGCAUACAUAAGAUACAAGUAUAGAAUCGAUCCUAAACUAAUGGCACUGGAACCCUACGCAUUGUUUUAUGCUUAUUUUGGUUUUGUAACUAGCUCACGGAUUCAUUUCAAUUCAUAUUUCCCCAUGUCAGCUCUCCCAGUUGUGUACUUUAAAGUCAGUGUUCAGUAUAUUACUCCAUGCUCUGUCUUUCUAGUUUUGUAAAUCUACAACAAUAAAUUUUAUGUAAUCA